UUUCCGUUCCACGGCCGGGGCGCGUGGCGUGGGCGUGUGGUGGUGCCGUGCGCCGCGCGCGCGCCCUCUUCGCCCUUGCCUGCCGCGCGCGUCGUCCAAUGGCGCCAGCGGCCACCGGCGGUGGCGGCGGCGAGGACGACGCGGCGGUGCCGCUGCUGCUGCCCGUGCUGCCGCCGGCGGCGGGGUGGUGCAGCUGGGAGUGGGAGGACGUGGCGAUCUCCGCGGGGCUGGUGGCGGUGCAGCUCGCGGGCGCGGCGUACAUGGUGGUGCUCGCGCCGGUGCUGGCGCUCGGCCUCGACCCGCUCUUCCUCGUCACCUUCGGCAGCCUCGCCACGGGCCUCUUCACCCUCCCUUUCGCCAUCAACCUCGAGAGGAAGAGAUGGCCGUCGCACCUCAACGCCAACCACCUUCUUCUCCGCCUCUUCUUGCUCGCCCUCGGAGGGGUGACGGUGUUCCAGGCGCUGAUGCUGCACGGCAUGAAGAAGACGUCGCCGGCCAUCGCCUCCACCAUGCCCAACCUCGCCCCGGUCUUCAUCUUCGUCGUCGCCGCGUGCCUCGGCUUCGAGAGGGUCGACCUCAGCUGCCGGUACACGAGGGCCAAGAUCGCCGGGACGGUGCUGUGCCUCGCCGGCGCCGUCACCAUGAGCGUCCUGCAGAGCCCCGCCGCCGCCGCCGCCACGCGUAGCAGCAGCCACAGGACGACGACGGCGGCGGCGGCGAACGCCGGCGGGGGGGACUGGGCCGUCGGGUGCGCGUGCCUCCUGGGCGCGGUGCUGGUGGUGUCCGGCACCACCGUGCUGCAGGCGGCCACCAUGGUGCACUUCCCGGCGCCGUUCACGCUCUGCUCCGCCACGUCGCUCGCCGGCGCGGCGCUCACGGGGGCGUUCCAGGCCGCCACCGCCGCGGGCGGGCUCAGCCCCGGCACGCCGCAGAUCAGCCUCCAGAUCAUCCUCUCCCUCCUCCUCGUGGGCGGGCUAGUAAGCUCGGUGUGCGUGAUGUUCCAGACAUGGGCGCUGGAGAAGAAAGGGCCCGUGGUGGUCUCCCUCUUUAGCCCGACGCAGACCGUCGGAUCGGCGAUCUUCUCGGCCUUGUUCUUGGGUAGGGUGGUCCACCCAGUGAGCAUGCUGGGAAUGGUUUUCCUGUUCUCCGGCCUUUAUGUCGUUCUGUGGGCUAAGAAGAAAGAAUGCCAGGUUGACAGAAUGGUUGAGGACGGAACAGCCAACGAUAUAGAGAAACCGCUGUUAUUUCAAGAUUAGCGUGUAAAUUGUAUAGCUUUCUUCCUUUGAUUCCUGUAUAGCGUCUGAAAGGUAUUUUAUUGAAAAAGAAUAUUUAGGGCGCUAUGGGUAACCAAAAAAAAUCCAUUUAAAUGAGCUUGCUAAUCAAAACAUUGUCACCAGAA